GGAGAAUACAAACCUCAGUUUUUACAGAAUAACUUCAGAUAAGACGCAAGCUAGUGCACACAGAAGAAAACAAUGGGUAGCAGCGAUUCGUAGAGACAAAUGGCCAGAAAGUCAGAUAAAUAAUGCACGUUUAUGCAGUGAGCAUUUCACCACAGGUAUCAAGGCUUUUUAUUUUUUUGAUCUGUAGCUAGCUAGCUAGCUAGUUUAGCUUCUUUUUACUUUAAAAACAUUUUUUUAUUAAGGAAAAAAAUCGGAUGACCCAAACCACAUAGAUUAUGUGCCAACAUUAUUUUCCUUCUCAAAAACCCCAGAGAAAAGAAUCAGAGAGUCGUUGGGACGAUAUGAAAGGUUACAAAAAAGGCAGCGAGUUGAACCAGAAAGUGAUGAACAAGAAGUAGAGGAUAUGAUGGUGGAAGAUGAAACGACUUCUACUCUAGUAGAUGCUGCAACACAAACAGAAAACAAAGUAUCUGCACGAGAAAAGAUGCUAAAAUCGGAGCUGUGUAAAAGUAAAUUUAGAGAAAAUAAACUGAAAGUUCAACUGCAACAAACGCAAGCAAAAUUGAAAGCUGUGAAGCGUAAAUUGUUAGACUAUGAUAAUAUCAAAGAAAAAAGGUUAAACUUCUUGACAGGAAUUCGAAAACCUGCAUUAUUUGAAUGGUUACUAGAAAUUGUAUCUCGAACAGCCAAGAAAGUUUUAAUUACUUUCUCAGCCGAAAAUCACCUUUUACUUGUAUUAAUGAAAUUGAAACUUGGUAAUAUAAACAAAGAACUUGCUCUUCAUUUCAAUAUAAGUGAAGGUCAAGUGUCCACAAUUUAUAGAACUUGGCUUCCUGAAAUUUCAGAUAUUUUAAAAAAUUUAAUUGUUUGGCCAGAAAGGGAAGCUCUGAGAGCAAAUCUCCCUAGCUGCUUUAAAAGUUUUAAAAAUUGUGUUAGUAUAAUCGACUGUACAGAGAUUUUUAUUGAAAGGCCGUUAAACCUAAAUGCCAGAGCACAAACUUAUUCAAAUUAUAAAUCGCACAAUACAAUAAAGUAUUUAAUUGGAAUUACUCCAGCUGGUGCUGUUAGUUUUCUUUCGUCAGGUUGGGGUGGAAAAGCUUCGAAUAAAGUAAUUACAAUUGAAUCAGGUUUUUUAAAUUUUUUAACACAUGGUGACUGUGUUCUUGCAGAUCGAGGCUUUUUGGUGGAAGAAAAACUUGCUACGAGAGGGGCUGUUUUGCGCAUAUCAGCUUUUACUAGAGAAAAAAACCAAAUGUCUGCCAAAGAUGUCGACAUAUCGCGCCAAAUAGCACAUGUCCUAAUACAUGUAGAAAGAGUCAUUGGACGUUUAAAAAAAUUUUUAAUUUUAUCUUCCACAAUACCAAUUUCACAAGUGGAUUUAAUUGACGAUGUUAUGGUGUCAAUUGCAGGUCUUGUAAAUUUAAAUUUAAGUGUUGUGAGCAAAUAA